AUGUCUACCGAACAGAACAAGCAGGAGAAGUGCACCGAGACCUACUGGCCUCUCCUCAAGGAACAGUUGUCAAGCGGUAAGGCCACCUUCGACAACCUUGAGCUGACCUGUAACAUAUGUUAUGAUACCAUGGGCACACAACCUUCCGAUCAGGUCAACGAGGCUGGUACCCACGGCGCCAGAAUCCUCCCAUGCGGCCACAUGUUCGGCUACUGCUGCUUGCGCCAAGCAUAUGAGGCCUCCCUGGAUGCUGACACGAGAUCCUGCUGUCCUACCUGCCGCGCCACUGUUAUACACUCGACGUGUCGACAUAUUCAUCCAGGUCAGAAGAUGCCCACGUGCCUGGAAGACUUACACCGUGUGGCUGGCCCUAUCAAGGAUGGCGAAAUGAUUGCGAGCUGCAGGUACUGCAUCGCCAGGGUGCAUAUGGAGGUUUUACGCGAAUGCCUCGAUAUAGAGAACGCCUCCAAUCCUGACCGCGACAUCAACUUGGACCUUUGCUUCGGAUCAAGAACCUGCAUGUACUAUACGUACCCAGCCCCCCAAGUCGGAGAGAAGGUACCAGUGCCCGAGUCUGUGGCGAAGGCAUUCCGCGAUAUGUUCGCGUCGCAGAAGCGGAUAGAGACCGGAGAGUUUCAGGCCGAGGUGGGCUAUGAAGGCGUCUGGUCCGAUGAACCACUGAGCGACAGCGAGUUAAUAUGCUUCAUCACCGGUUCACCUUCUCCCAAGCCCCUCCCUUUUUGGGAGUUUGCCGACUACCAGAAUCUUCAGGAUAAGAGAGAUGGUGUUGCACCCAAGACUGUGGAGGAGUUGCGUGCUAUCUACAACGAUGAGUACUAA